CCUUCUUCUUCUCCUUCUUCCUCCUUCUCUCUGCAAUGCCAUCCCAUUUCCGUGUCUUCAUCUUUUUCUCUCUGUCCCGCAUGAACCCUUCCUUCCUCUCUAACUGAAACCUCUGCCUUUUUCUCCGUCACCCAUGGCUUUUCCUUUCAAUCUUCUUCUUCAUUGCCUUUUCGUGUUCCACCUCUGCUGUUUUCUUGCUUGUGCUUUCACGCACUACACUGGUGAAAACCCUGAGAAAAAUCACCUCCUUUCUUUCAAGACCAGUCUCCAUAACCCCAGGCUUCUUGCUUCAUGGAACUCUUCAACCCCACACUGCAACUGGGUUGGCGUUGCUUGUGAGCUCGACCGAGUUACCUCACUUUCUCUUCCGACUCUUCACCUCGAAGGCCCACUCUCUUCGUCCCUCUUCUCCCUCACCGGCCUUACCGUCCUUAACUUAUUCUCCAACGCACUCUCUGGCGGUAUUCCUCCACGGAUAGCUAAUCUGAGAAACCUGAGGGAGCUCAAUCUUAGUUAUAAUCAGUUUUCUGGGGAAAUUCCGGACGAGCUCAGCAGUUUGACUCAGCUUACAACUCUCGCACUCAGCUCCAACUCAUUUACCGGAAAAAUCCCGCCGGAGCUGGGGUCCCUGUCGCAGCUCCGUGUCCUCGACCUUUCUGGUAAUGACCUCACCGGAACCGUUCCAGAAAGCAUCGGAAACCUGUGCCAUCUUCAGUUCCUUGAUCUCAGCAACAAUCUUCUCUCAGGUUCUCUACCCUUGACUCUUUUCACGGGAACUCUGUCUUUGAUUUCCGUUGACGUUUCAAACAAUUCUUUUUCUGGUUCUCUACCACCAGAAAUCCGUAACUUGAGGAAUAUCACUGCUCUUUACAUUGCCUCUAAUAAAUUUACGGGUAGAUUGCCUCCUGAGUUUGGGGAGCUUUCGCGGCUUCAAGUGCUUUAUGCGCCUUCUAGUUCUAUAGAAGGUCCACUGCCUGAAGAAAUGUCGAAACUGAAGUCAUUGUCUAAUCUUGACCUUUCUUACAACCCCUUGAGGUGUUCGAUACCGAAGUUUAUUGGGAAGCUUCAGAAUUUGAAAUUGCUCGACCUUUCUUUCGCUCAGCUUACUGGCUCCAUACCGUCUGAGCUUGGAAGUUGUAGAAACUUGAGUUCUGUGAUGCUUUCUUUCAACUCGCUUUCUGGGUCCUUGCCAGAGGAGCUUUCCGAGCUUCCCAUGGUGUCAUUCAUAGCUGAAAGGAAUCAGUUUCAUGGACUCUUGCCUGCUUGGCUUGGAAAGUGGAAUCAGAUUAGUACUGUUUUGCUUUCGCAGAAUAGAUUUUCUGGUAAAAUUCCUCCUGAGCUUGGGAAUUGCUCUUCAUUGGAGCACCUCAGUUUGAGAAGCAACUUGCUGACAGGUGCCAUACCUCAGGAGCUAUGUAAUGCUGCUUCACUUUCGGAGAUUGACUUUGAUGAUAACUUCCUUACGGGCACAAUUGAGAAAGCAUUUGUUAGGUGUAAGAACCUUAUCCAAUUACAACUGAUGAAAAAUCAGAUCACUGGUUCUAUCCCUCAGUACCUUUCAGAGCUUCCUUUGAUGGUGCUUGAUCUUGACUCAAACAAUUUCAGUGGAAGCAUACCUUCAAGUCUGUGGAAUUCAUCAACUCUAAUGGAGUUUUCUGCAGCAAAUAACCUUCUGCAGGGCUCUCUUCCUGGGGAGAUUGGGAACGCAGUUCUUCUAGAGAGGCUUGUCCUUAAUAACAAUCAACUGACGGGUACUAUACCCAAGGAAAUUGGAAAUCUUACGGGUCUGUCUGUUCUUAAUUUGAAUGGAAAUGUUCUUGAAGGGAAUAUUCCGUUAGAGCUAGGAGAUUGCAUUUCAUUGACAACCUUAGACCUUGGAAAUAACCGACUGAAUGGAUCCAUUCCAGAUAAACUAGUGGAACUGAGCCAAUUACAAUGUCUGGUUCUGUCCCAUAAUAAUCUUUCUGGGUCUAUUCCUGCAAGACGAUCUUCAUAUUUUAGCAGAGUUGCCAUCCCUGAUUUGAGCUUUGUUCAACACCUUGGAGUAUUUGAUCUGUCCCAUAACAAACUGUCUGGGAUUAUACCUGAUGAACUGGGGAGCUGUAUGGUCAUUGUGGAUCUUUUGCUCAGCAACAACAUGCUUUCUGGGAGUAUCCCAAGCUCGCUCUCUCGCCUGACAAAUCUUACAACCCUAGAUUUGUCUGGUAACUUCUUGUCAGGUUCCAUUCCACCAGAACUUGGAGAUUCCCUCAAGCUACAAGUAUAUCUGGGACAUAAUCAACUUAAUGGAACCAUUCCCGAAAGUCUUGGGAAAAUGGACAGUUUGGUGAAGCUGAAUUUAACAGGAAAUAAGUUGUCCGGUCCAAUUCCAAUUAGCUGCGGGAACAUGAAAGAGCUGACUCACUUAGAUUUGAGCUCUAAUGAGCUUAGUGGCCAGCUUCCAUCCUCUCUAUCGGGCCUUCAAAGCCUUGUUGGUCUUUAUGUGCAGCAGAACAAGCUUUCUGGCCAAAUAGGGGUGCUCUUCUCUAAUACUAUGACAUGGAGGAUUGAGACAAUGAAUUUGAGCGUUAAUUGCUUCACUGGGGAUUUGCCAAGUUAUUUGGGAAACCUUUCUUUCUUGACAAAUUUGGAUGUUCAUGGAAAUAUGUUCAUGGCAGAGAUUCCAUCGGAACUUGGGAAUCUGGUGCAGCUGGAGUACCUCGAUGUUUCUGGGAACAGGUUAUAUGGAAAGAUUCCUGAGAAAAUUUGCAGCCUAAGUAAUCUGGACUACCUUGAUUUGUCUCAAAACAGAUUGGAAGGGCCUAUACCCAGAAGCGGUAUUUGCCAGAACCUAUCAAGAGUUAAAAUUUCAGGAAACAAAAAUCUCUGUGGGCGGAUUUUGGGCGUCAAUUGCCCAAUCAAAGGCAUUGGUAGAUUUUCAUUGUCUAAUGCCUGGCAACUUGCUGGGAUUGCCAUUACAAUCACACUGAUGACUCUGAGCGUUGCAUUUGUUCUGCAUAGAUGGAUUGUUAGGAGGCAAAAUGAUCCAGAAGACCUUGAGGAACACAAGCUAAACAACUACGUGGAUCAAAAUCUUUAUUUCUUGAGCAGUAGCAGAUCGAAGGAACCUCUGAGUAUAAAUGUUGCAAUGUUUGAGCAGCCUCUUCUGAAACUAACUUUGGAGGAUAUCCUUGAAGCUACUGGUAACUUCAGCAAGACUAACAUAAUUGGAGAUGGAGGUUUUGGGACUGUAUACAAGGCUACUCUACCCAAUGACAAAACAGUUGCAGUAAAGAAGCUGAGCGAAGCUAAAACGCAGGGCCAUCGUGAAUUUAUGGCUGAAAUGGAAACUUUAGGCAAGGUGAAGCAUCAGAAUCUUGUUCCACUUCUUGGCUAUUGCUCCUUGGGUGAAGAGAAACUCCUUGUUUAUGAAUACAUGGUGAAUGGAAGCUUAGAUCUUUGGUUGAGAAACAGGACUGGCGGAGCCCUUGAAGUGCUUGACUGGAAAAAAAGGUACAAAAUUGCAACUGGUGCAGCCAGAGGGUUAGCUUUCCUUCAUCACGGGUUCAUCCCCCACAUCAUUCACAGAGACAUUAAAGCUAGCAACAUAUUGCUUAAUGAAGAUUUUGAGCCUAAAGUUGCAGACUUUGGACUUGCUAGGCUUAUCAGUGCCUGUGAGUCACACAUCACCACUGACAUUGCUGGAACAUUUGGGUAUAUUCCACCUGAGUAUGGACAGAGUGGUAGGUCCACAACAAGAGGAGAUGUCUACAGUUUUGGGGUCAUUAUGCUUGAGCUGGUGACUGGAAAAGAACCAACAGGGCCUGAUUUCAAAGACAUUGAAGGUGGGAAUCUGGUGGGGUGGGUUUUUCUGAAGAUCAAGAAGGGACAGGCUGCUGAUGUUCUUGAUCCAAAGGUUCUGGAUGCCGAUUCGAAGCAGAUGAUGCUUCGGAUGCUGCAGAUUGCUUGUGUGUGCCUCUCUGACAAUCCUGCAAACAGGCCCACCAUGCUUCAGGUGUUCAAGCUUUUGAAGGGUAUCAAAGGAGAGUAGUUUAGAAUAUCCAAGUCAACAGGGGUGGUAGUAUGGUUAUUCAGAUAGGAAAUAAUAUGUGAACUGAUCUAACAAAUAGCUGAGUAUUAUUGUAAUCGCAUGUGUAGUUAAUUUACAUCAAAAUCUUUUCAUCAUGUUGACUGAUUC